AUGCGGUCGCGAAAAGAAAAGCCAACAGCAAAAGAGAAUAAUGUCGAUCAAGAAGGGAACACACAAAGUCAGUCAGGCGAUGUGAAGGAAGAUUUGACACCUGAGAGUAACAAGGACACCCUUACGGCCAGAUUCCCGGACCAAGCUCCAGAUGAUGUGGCCAGGAUGGUCGAUCUCCCGGAGGUUACUCCGCCCAGCAAAAGCCCGAGGAAGAUUGGAUCCAGUCAGUUAUUUAUCAUACAGAAAGAAAUCGAUGUCAUAAAAAAUAAUAGAAAUGUAGCGCUCGGACCAAAAAUUCUUUCUGCAGGAGACAGAAGAUGGGAGGUUUUUUGCCCGAAAAAUUCUCCGCCGAUGCGGAAAAUGGCGUAUUCUGCGGAGACUUUUGUGCACUUUUUUUGGUCAUCACACCAAUCUUAAACGCUUUGCAAUGCUGAAACUUCCGGAAAGCGUUCAAAUUUUUUGGCUAACAUAAACUUCAGCCAAAAAUUAGCGGCGAAAGAUUGGAGGGAUACGAAACCAGCAGGGAAUGUUACUCAGAGCAUAAGAGUUGUGUUGAGCUAUUCUCCAGUUUUGCAUCGUUAUCCGGAGCUGAGUUAUUGCCUCCGCCGAGAUGGCAAGCGUCCGCCAUGUCUUCGCCGAACGCUUGAUAAGCAUAAAAAAGAAAAUUUUGGGCAAAUCCAAUCUUCUUUCUCCUGCGAAAAGAAUCUUUUGGAUAUCUCGGCUGAGCGACAAGAAAUUGACGAAAACUUUCCGACACUUUUCUCUGGACAUCCUGUACUUUUAGUGUCAUCAUUACAAACAUUGGAGCCGACCACGAUGCCUUCUCUCCCCAUGCAGAAGAUGACGAAAGUUAUUAAUCUAGCUGAUCUCAUGCAGAAGGUGGACCGGCCUCUUGAGAAGUCUUAUACUGCUCAUUCCAGGACUCCUGAAUACUUAAGACAAAAGGAUAAUGGGUACAUUGUCUAACUCAUCUUAAUUCUGCUUUUCAGAAAUCCUUUAGCUGAUCAACAAACCCAGAAUUAUGUCCCUGCAGUUAUUAAUCAAGAGGAAUUUGAUAAGAAGUACGGAUUCAGAAGAGUGGAUCUCUCCUUAAUUACCAGAAUCUACCAUUAUGUCGCCGAAGCCAGAAGAUGGAGCUAUAUUCAAUGGAUUUGGUUCGUCAGAGGCUUUUUUCCCAUCACCCAAUGGUUAGCCGAUUACGACUGGAAGCAUGAUUUAUUGAUGGAUUUCAUUGGUGGAGUGAUGCUGGCCAUAAUGUCUAUUCCUCAGGGCUUGGCUUACGGACUUCUGGUUGGAUUGAAGCCGACUCAUGGAUUGUAUACUUGCAUUGUUGGACCUUUGGUAUAUGCGGUCUUGGGAACUUCCAAACAUGCGUCGCCAGGUAGGUGGUGACAAAACGGGGAGAGAAGAAUCGACACCGAUCAAUCAACUUUUCUAAAUAACGCUACUAAUUGUUUGCAGGUGCGUUUGCCAUAACUGCCCUGAUGGUUGGAGUUGCAGUAGAACAAGUUGGAACCCUGAAUGACAGUAUGCGCACUGAAGUCCUGAACACGACUUACUUUUGUUGUUCCCGCUCCAAGAGAAUGGAUGUAGCCCCCGAGGCUGCUCUCCAGAUUGUCACUUGUUUAACAGUUUGCGUUGGCUUGAUCCAAGUAUGUGGAUUACCGUAAUUUCAGUUGUUUAUAUAGAUCGCUUUUGGCAUCCUGAAUGUUGGACUGCUGGCGGUUUGGAUGUCUGAUCAUUUGGUUCAAGGCCUCACUUCUGGAGCUGCGAUUCAUGUUUUAACUAGUCAGAUCACCACGAUGACUGGAGUUGAGAAUGUCCCCGGAACCGCGGAUACUUCCGGAAUGGCGAAAGUAAGUAGCGACUUGUUACGUAACACGGUGAGAUUAGUUUUAUGUCUGUUUCUUCAAGAAUAUCACCACCAUCAAAUGGAAUACAGCCUCCACUUCCGUGGUUGUCUGUCUGACUUUGAUCUUCUCCAAGGAAAUCCUCGAUCCCAUCUUUGUAAAAUGGCUGAAGAUCAAGUUCCCGAUGGAAUUCUUUGUGGUUUUGUUCUCGGUUCUCCUCUGUUACUUCUCCGAUGGCACUGAUUAUGAUCUGGACAUCAAGAUUGUGGGUCCAGUCCAGCCAGGGAUGAUCCCUCCGUUCGUUCCUGACUUUGGUUAUGCUGGAGCGGUGAUUCCCUCGGCCCUUUCCAUCGCUGUAGUCUCCUUUGUAAUUCAUGUGGCCUUGGCCAAAUUGAUCUCCAAGAAGUUGAAUUACUCAGUAGAUGCGAACCAAGAAUGGUUCGCCUUGGGCAUGAUGAAUUUUAUUGCGGCUUUCUUUGGCUGUUUUGCUGGUGGAUCUUCACUCAGCCGGACCAUUACAUCGGUCAAAUUGGGAAGCAAAUCUCAGAUGUCUACCAUAGUAUGUGCCUGUGUACUCAUACUGAGUGUGUACUUCGCUACUCCCUUAUUGUUUUAUCUCCCUCAAGUAAGUGUUUGUUUUAUUUGGUCGCAUUUUAGCCCGUCCUUGCCUGUAUUGUUGUGGUCGCCCUUAAGGAUCUGUUUGUCCAAAUUGGUCAGUCGGUCAAAUUAAUGCAGAAAUCGAUGUUUGACUUUGUAAGUAUGAUACUUUAUACUAACUCUUGUUUUAGUUAAUCUGGUUUGUUACAUUUGUUUCUGUGAUCCUGCUGAAUGUUAACUGGGGUCUUCUUUGUGGUGUCGUCUUUGCCCUCCUUACUGUAGUUUUCCGAUCUCAGUGGGCAGAGAGUACUUGUAUGGGUCGAAUCCCAGAAACGACCGACUUCAAAGGGCUGGAUCAUUAUCGAGAAGCGGCAGAAUUGCCGGGAAUCAGAGUCUUCCGAUUCGACGCCCCUUUGUAUUUCGCUAAUUCGGAACUCUUCUUAAGGAGGUUGCAUUUGUAAGUGUUUGAAAAAAAAGUAAUUAUUUGCAGAGCAUUGGGAGUGGACCCAGUGAUGGCCUACACAAAACUGAAAGCCGAGCGUGAGAAAAGGAAGGGAGAAGCGUUGUCUCAGACCCCCGACCCGAGUGUAAAGACUGUUGCUAAACGUCUGAACCCAGUUGUGGAUGAUCGGACACCAAUUGAAUUAAAUGUUCGUACCAGAUAUGCCAAUUCAAAGGAGAUUACUGCUUCUCCAGACCAGGAGAAACAACCUCAAAUGGGAACAAAACCUGAGGGAAAGAAAAGGGAAGAAGAAUACAUCCAUCUGAGUCAUUUCAUCAUCGAUUGCUCCUCCUUUCCGUACAUCGACUUGAUGGGGCUGGAGGUUCUUGAACAAGCCUAUUCCGAUCUCUCAAACAUGGGAAUCCGAGUCUUUUUCUGCAAUUGCAAAGGUGAGUGUGCAUAGUAUAGUGGUAGUGGGUCGGGUUUUGGAUCCGACGUUCGUGGGUUCGACCCCCUCUUGGCGGUAAACAAAUUUAUUGUGUUUAUCGAAUUACGUGGGGCCAAGACGAUUGUCGAGAUUUAUUCGGCCGCGGGAUCUGUAAAUGGCCUUCGAGUCCUCUGACCCUCGAACACCUCUUUUCGUCAUGAAAUUUUUAUUUUUAUACUUUUUUUCAGUUGCCGUUCGUCAAUUCUUUGAGCAAAAUGAAUUUUAUAAGCGGGUUCCCAAGUCAAACAUGUACUGCUCACUGAUUCCAGCGAUCAUCCAAGCCGAGAUCGAGAGAGAACAAGAGAAACAGAAGAAAGAACAGAAAAUAAAGGAAUAA